GUGUAAUCGGCCAGAACUUCGCGCGCAGCCCUCACAAGUUCGAAACGCGGUUCCCACGGAAAAGAAAGCCAGGCUUCAACGACCAUCAUCUGUUUAUCCUCCUAUCCUGACCAAAGAGUUGCGCAAUAUAUCCGACGAGGAACACAUGGGACGUGACGAUGACCUAUUGGCUCAGAAAACUUGCACAAUCGAGAGGUAUCCGCUCCAUAGGAUUCCACCACCUGAUAAUGGCUGUCAUUGCUUCUGCUGUCGCUAUGACAGCAGUACUUCUUGCAGGAGCCGGGGCCACUAGCAUUGCCCAACGAAUCUAUCUCAUAGAGGUCAGCUAUGUCGACCCAAAAGCGCAGCCGGAUGGCCCGAAAGGGCCAACAGAAGCAUGGGAGAAUAUCACCCAACCUGUGUUCAAUGUUGUUAAAGACAGCCAACUCGUAACGCGACUCGGGUAUUUCGGUCUCUGUGCGUCUCAAAAAGAAGGACCUUGGAUCUGCGCGGGGAGUGCCGCUCGCCUUGUGUACUCUGGCCGUUUCGUUGAUCCGUUAGGCCUCUUUCACAUGGCAGAGAAAGUGAAAGACGAUGUCAUUUUCCCAGGUUUUCUGAUUGGCAGCGCAGGACUAGGUGUCCUGGUCUUUUGGCUCUUUGCUACCUUUCCCGGAUGGCACGAAGAGAAGGAUACAGCGACGGGAUCGGAAGUUCUAGUGAAACCUUUCCCGAGCCGUACUGUCAUGGUAGCUUGUGUUGCGUUUACAGGACUCGGAAGUCUGUUCAGCUUUACAGCUGCCCUGUGGCAGCACACUGCAUCGGCAACGGCCGCUACGCUCCUGGAGACAUCCACUGCGGGCAUGGCGAGAGCAGGUGUGGGUGCGAGCGGAGUGGCAUUAGCAUGGCUGAUAUUUGGGCUAUGGCUCGUGGCGGCCAUUGCAAGUCUCGUGAUGCACUUGUCAAUUGCGAUACUGGACCGACUUGUCGAGGACGACUAG